GCCACGGCUGCUCAGGGCGCGCGCGUCGCGGGGCUGCGGUGACGGUUGGGCGGUUGGCUCCGCUGGGCGUGCGGCGCCGGUGCCGUUGGCCUGGGUCGCUACGCCCCAGAGCUUCCGCACGUCACGUCCCGGCUGCGCCUCUGGGCUCCUGGCUUCUCACAUGGUAACCGUUGUGGCUGCUAGUCCAGGUGGCUCAUCCUCCAGAGUGGGCCCAGGACCCUGUGCAGCUGACCUCCGUCCCCCCAGGGCUGACUGAGCCCGGGGUCAUCGCGCUCCUCUGACCUGCGAGCUGGGUCACCGCAUGCGCUCACACCCCCCGCAGCCCCGGGGGGCUUUGGUUACCUGGGAUCCUCUUCUGCCUUCCAGAUGUUAGUCCGGUCUCAGGAGGUGGCCAAGAAGCUGAUUCCAUCGCUGGGCCCGGAUUCAGCUCGAGAGCUGCCCCCAGAGCCGGAUCGGUUUGCGGUUCUGCAUCGGGAUCUGCGUGACAAGCUGGCUCGGCCACAAAGGCUCCCAGACGUGGCUCCAGUGCAAGAUUGGGAUGACAAUCAGACGCUGUCUCGGCCACAAAGGCUCCCAGACGUGGCUCCAGUGCAAGAUUGGGAUCAGAAUCAGACUCAAAGGUGACCAAUUUGAAUUUCUGCUAAACCAGCAGCUAGGAUCCUUCUUCUCCAACAAUGACAUGAGAAGGUUCAUUUCUCAUGUUAUGUGGACUUUGAAAACAGACUGCUCUGAGCCCCACACACAAAUGGCUUGUGCCAAGCUCAUCUCCAGAACAGGCUUCCUGAUGAAGCUUCUCAGUGAGCAGCAGGAAGCAAAGGCGUCCAAGGCAGAAUGGGAUCCGGACCAAAGGAAAACUGAGAACUACAUCAAUGCGAGCCCAGAAGCCCAGGGUGAACAGAAAGACCAGGAGUCACCUGAGCUCACUAAAUAUGUUCCAGGAUAUGGCCAUGACCACAAACUCAUCUUGGCAAUAUCUGGGACUGUCAUUGUGAUGAUAUUUGUUAUGAUUUUCUGUCUCACUGUGGUAAGAACAACAAUUGAUUCAGGUUUCUAGAAUACAUCCUGUCUUUAUAAUAGAAUCUGAACCCACAAAGUGAAAAUCAAAGCCAUUUUCCCACCUACUACUGUAUGACAUUCCUCUUCAGUCACUGAGACUGAGGUGUGCUUUGUUCUCUUAUUGCAAAGCCUAUUCCAGGGACUCUUACAGGAACCCCACUCCCAGGAGAUCUCUGUGGAAUUAAGACCAAAAUAACAAGCCACUAGACUAUUUUCUGAAGUUUAAGAAGCCAGAGUUGAUACGAUAGUGAAAUUUUGCCAACUUAAAAGUAUGUCAGCUAUUUUAUGUACACACCAACCACCCUCAUUCUGCCACUGAGUUCUUUCCCUGUUACUAAAAUGACAAGAGAUGUAUAAUCUUAACCCUCAUGGAGCUGUCAUCAUCCUGGGGAGAAAG